GGCUGGGGGCAUUCAGCUCCUGCUCCGCCACCGACCCCACUGGAACUCAGUUCCCGCUCCGCAGCGCCACCGAACCCGCUGGAACACGCAGACUAAAAACAAUAGAAUGUUCUAGGUAAUGCAUGUUCAGCAGUAGUAUCUGUAAACGAGAGGAAGGACCAGCACUGGAGUUGUCAGUGCCUUGUUCUCGGCAGAGUUCUCCCACACGCUCACGAACUGAGAGAUGAACCUCUCUGUGGCUAUUGUCGUUCUUACUGCGGUCGUCUGCACUUCGGCAGAAAUUCCUCAUGAGACCGUCUAUGUGCAGGGCUGUCUUGAGAAGACAAAGGUGGAGGCGGAGGCAGAGCUUCAGGUGGAUGGGGAGGAAGUGGUAUAUGCUGACUUCCAGAGUGGACAGGAAGUUUGGACAUUGCCUGAGUUCCUGGGGCCAUUCCCAAGCUCCACUGUUCAUAACUUCUACAAGAAUGCCGUUAAAGGCAGACGAUUGUGUCAGGAUGCCUUGGCUCUUUGGAUAUUAGAAGAAAAGUUUCCACCUGAGGUAAAAGAUGCCCCUGAGAGCACCAUCUACCCCAGGGCUGAGGAGGUGCUGGGGUUGGAGAACACCCUUAUCUGCUUUGCCAAUCAUUUCUACCCCCCGCCUGUCAAAGUCAACUGGACCAAGAAUGGCCUAGAGGUGACUGAGGGAGCGUCUCUCAGUCGGUACUAUCCUAAUAAAGAUGGAACGUUCCACCAGUUUUCCAGCCUGAGUUUCACUCCACAGGAGGGGGAUGUCUAUGCCUGCACUGUAGAGCACACAGCCUUGGAGGACCCCAAAACCAGGUUCUGGGAGAUACAUGAGGUGAGUGGGUCCAGUGCUGGUCCUGCUGUAUUCUGUGGAGUGGGCCUGACUCUGGGACUGUUGGGAGUGGCUACCGGAACAUUCCUGUACGUCAAAGGACAACAGUUUAACUGAAUUGUGACAUAUAUGAAAUCUAAAAAAUCCUCUUUUGCAGUUGUAGGUAAACAAUGUGACAGAAUUAGUGGCGUACCGCAGUUUCAUAUUUUUUGUUGAGGGGGGAAACCGCUAACGUCGUACAAUUUUACACAUUUUGCCACUGGGCAAAGAAAAAUAGGCAGUUUUAUAACUAAUCUCAUGCUAAUUUGCCAUGAGGCUGAGAGAGAAUGUUGCUGUUUUAAAGCUAAUUUCCUGCAAUUCUACACAUAUUGCCAUGGGACAGAGAGAAAUGUGCAUUUUCUAAGCACAUUUCCUGCUAUUCUAUACAUUUUGCUCUGAGGCUGAGAGAAAAGGUUGAAGUUUAGCAGCUAAUUUCCUGUCAUUUUAAACAUUUUUGCCAUGGCUUAUGACAUGUUCAUAUGUUAUCUGGGGGGGGGGGGGGGGGCUGACCUCCAGGGUGUACCCACCUUUUCUUUUGGAGAGAGGGGGGUGCAGGGAGUGUGUGGUGCGCCAGUGCAAAUAAUAUUAUUAACUACUCUGUAACGGUUUAAUUUUUUGUCUGUCAAUAAAAUCUUAAAUAUUUUUUGGGAAAACAAUCAAAGGUAUCAUAAAUAUGCACCCAUCCUGAGACGUUUAACAAUAAUAGACACAUGAAUGGAUCACAUUCAUUAAUUGUUCCCGUCUUUUACAUUGUACACUGCAAAUGGGUAAUUCCCCCCUCCGUCAUCAAUACUUACAUGAUCACAAACUUUAAUGUCAUUUCACCAUUUACUACUAACUAUCAGUUGUGUGGUAAACAGGAGGAAGCAUGAAUUUUUAUACAAUGUACUGAAACUGUGUGAGAAUGGGAGAGCAUGUCUGAGCUAUUGUGGGACCAAUACCAUAGAAACUCAAACAAGACUGUAAAGUAGUAGGUUGGUUAAUAUUUACACACAGUGACAGGAAUAAGAGUUUUAUUGUAUGCAAUAAUUCGUAUGGGACUUUGUCUGGUGUCAAAUCAAUAAUCAUAAACAGGGUCGGGUAGGUUACUUUCUAAAUGUAAUCCAUUACUAGUUAAGUGUCAUUGUAAUCCGUAGCGUAACUUUUGAAUUACCCAAACUAACAGAUUACGUUCAGUUACUUUUGCAUUACUU